AUGAAUCCUAAUCUUUCAAUUUAGAUGCUUAUUUUAGAUAAUUUACAGAGAACAACAAAAGAUUUUUAUGCAUAAGAUUUAUUGAUAAUUUAAGAUUAAUAUAGUUUAAGUCUAUAAACUGUGUAUGCUUAGAUGUAAAGGACAUAAGGUAAGAGCUACAGCGAAACAUUUAAUAGAGAGACAUUUAAGAAUAUCGGAAGACAAAUGAUUAAGAUUGAUUUUUAGUAAUCAAGGAAAGAAGAAAAGAAUUUAAAAGAUGGAGCGUUAGAUUGAGGAGUGUAUUUGAGAGAGUAACUUGAAUAAAUGUGAAUGAAUUUAUAUAUUUUGUGUUUAUCUCCCUUGCAGGGAAGAAUGUAAUG